AUGUUACACGAGAUGAUCCACGUGAAAUUGUUCCAGCACAGACUGGAUUAUGACAGCCUCAACCACACCCAGGUGUUUUUAGACGAGGUGAAUCGAGUUAACGCGAUGGGGCUCUAUCGGGCGGAUGUCUUUCACGAUCUCCCACGGAGGGUGAUCCACCAAUUACGACCGUACGUUUGGAGGUGCAUGAGCUGUGCGUUCGAACUGCGAUUACCAGACUCUCGGGCACCCAGUUCGAGGAGAAUUCAUUUGGUGGAGAGACAAACGGUUUGUGAGAACCCAUUAUGGGUUAGAAUCCAUUAAUUGGAUAAAAAAAUAAAAUAAAAUCUAAAAUUUUACUUUUAUCACAACAAUCAAUUUUUAACAAUUGUACCUGAGGAAAUAAACAGGC